AUGAGCAGCCCAGAAGCCCUCCCGUCUCUCCCUGCAGAGCCGGCGUCGUUUUUGUCAUAUCUCUCUGAAAACUCUACUAAAUCUGUUCGAGAUUUGCUUCCGCCAUAUCUUGAAUAUGAGAGUAAGCUUCGUACGCUUUUUGCUCAGGACCCCUCAAAUGCAGUGUUGGAGGACAACACUGUUGGACUGGUUCCAAUCUACGGUUCUGGGCAGGAAGCCAACAUCAAGGUUCAGGCUCGCGAUCUGGAUGCAGAAACGCCAGAGCAAAAGGCUAAGUAUCUCAUGGAGCUCGAUGCUAAAAUCCGAAAAAAGGAUGGUGAACAAGCCAUUGUAAAUUUUGAUGAUUUCAAGACGAACUUCACGUUGUUUAGCGAAGGUGCUCUCCAGAAUUUGGACUGGACCAACAUAAUCGCGGCAGGUAGCAGUGUUUUAACUCCGUUGCUUCCUAUCCCAGAAGAACACAGGCAAACCAAACGGUCUAUGCGAGACUGGUAUCAUGACAAACUAGCUCCAUCUAGUGAUGUUGAUCUCUUCAUCUAUGGCACAAAGGAUGAAGAAGUUGCUAUCAAACGGAUGGAGUCUAUCGAGGCUACUAUCCGGGACAACCUUCUUUGGGAAACUAGCAGCAUUCGUACGAAAAACACAAUUACUAUCAUAUCCCAGUACCCUAAUCGCCAUGUUCAGAUUGUUCUCCGUCUCUACUCCAGCAUCAGCGAGAUACUUACUGGAUUUGACGUGAACUGUGCUUGUGUCGCCUAUGACGGAAGUCAGGUUUACGCAAACCCGCGGGCUAUUGCAUCUUGGAUGUUACAGUGCAAUGAUAUUGACAUCACUCGCCGCAGUCCAUCUUACGAGUUCCGUCUCGGAAAGUAUCGAAAGCGUGGGUUCGAAGUCUACUACCCCGCUCUUACUCGGGAAAAGAUUGAUCCUACGAUCUACGAGCGGAGCAUCAAUAGGUUGAAAGGCCUCGCGAAACUACUCGUCCUAGAGCGACUUCCAGAUGUUGAGGAACGGGAUUCUUAUCUUGAAGACAGGCGUCGCGAACGUGGUCGUCCCAAUAAGAGGAACUAUACUUCUAGAAAGAUUUUAAAGGGAGACUUAAAAGCCCAGGGAGCCGAAGUCCCCGAAUGGGAUAUAACGGAAGAGGAGCAAGCGAACUAUCACACUGUUUCUAUUCCUUACGGAAAGCCCCAUAAUGCCAAAAGGUCUGAGAAGUUAAUCUAUCAGAAGGACAUGCUUCUCAACGCCGAGUGGAAUAAACGGGCUCAAAAAGAACGACCGGCUUAUCUCCAUCGGCACCCAGCUUUCAUCGGCAGUGUCAAAGAUAUCAUCGAUGACUGUUGUGGAUAUUGCCCCGAGGCUACGUCCGAGGAAGAGAAGGCUCUACAAGCAGAAGACGAUAAAUUCUUUGUUCGUGGAAAGAUCUCAUUCAUUCGAGAUGAUCCAGGUCGUCAAGAGAUCGGAAGUUUCAAUCCAAUUACUGAAGAAGAUUGGACCGAGAUGGCCUAUAUUGGUGAUGACGAAACCCUGUGUAAAGCCAUCGUCGCCAAUGAUGUCGAACUGAUCCGAAAGUGGGUUGCCGAAGAGGGCCACGACGUUAACAGACGGGACCAUACUGGUCGAACCCCCCUUCACUUAGCUGCCUUAGUUUCAACACCCGAGAUCGUGAAAAUACUUCUUGACGCUGGCGCAAAAUUAAUCUGGCGUCUGGUCGAUGGGCGUACCGCAUUGCACAUGGCGGCUGCUAGGGGUGAUCCAGAGAUUGUCAAACUCCUACUACUAAAGAGCCAAGAGAACGAGCAAAUUCGUGACGACAGAGAAGAUAGAGAGCGCGCUGCCAAGGGUCUUCCGGCCAAAUCUGAAGGGGAGAAAGGUGCAGAAGAUGAGGAAAUGAAAGAGAAAGAGGAAAGCGAGGAUGAGGAUGAAGAAAUGGCAGAAGACGAGGAUGAGGAUAUCGACAUGAUAUCUGAGGACGAGUCAGUCACUGCCCGAACGGCUCGAACAGGAGCUUCGUCUUUUGUAGAGAUUAAUAAGAAGAAAAACGACGAACCAGAGGCUGGCGCCUUGGGUAGUGAAGAAGAGGAGAAGGACGAUGUUCUUGAUAUUAACCUCGCCGACUGGGAUUACCAGAUGUCCCCAUUGCACUACGCUAUCGUCAAUGGCCGUGCUGAUGUAGUAGAACUCCUAGUUUCCGAGUUUGGCGCUGAUGUCCUUCAGCCAAUCAAGAUAAGCUAUGACUACAAUGGCCAACCGCGAUCUGCCUUCUUAACCAUCAACUUAAUAGUUAAAUUGCCAAAGAAGGAACAGCGUGAAAAGAUGCUACGAACGCUUCUGGAACUCGGAGCUUCUUCCGGCCAAGCUGAUAUGAACGGAAUCAGUGCAUUCACCCGCAUCGUGCAAAUGGGGGACAUUGACUGCCUAAAAAUCCUUUUUGAAGAAGAUGCUGCAACAGCACUCGCUGCCGCGAAGCAUGUAGCUAUAUCGGGCGAUUGGAGACCCUCCCCAACUAGCUCUCUUAUGGUCGCCAUCUGUGAAGGCGAUGAAGAGAAGGCGCUGUUGCUCCUUGACAAAGGUGUAGCGCCAGAAGUCACCUUCGAUGCCUUUAUGACUGCCGUUAAACGGCAAGGCAAUAAAUAUCGCCACAACAGAGAUACUCACCACAGCAACUUCCAAGAAUAUCACCAACAGCCUGCGGAGUUAGCAUUAGAAGCUGAAAUGCCAGAUGUUUUCCGGAGAUGUAUCGAGCUUGGAGUUGAUCUGAACAGUUACAGCGCUGGAAGUUUUGUUCCAGAACUCGACAGCGACGGCAACUACCCUUCGACACGGUACAAUCAGAAGUUCUUUGCCUACUUGGAUCUUAUCCGCAAGAAGCUUAGGCAUCUACAAAAUGCGCUCGAGAACCACCGCGAAGCACAGAAAAAGAAGAUUGACGAUAGCGUUCCGCGUGAAAUCCUUUCGGUUCCGGCGGAAUACAAAAAGGGCUCUUAUGAAUAUUGGAUGGCUUCCCAAAUGGUCGAAUCAGAGAACAGCGUUCGAAAAACUUUCAAUGAAAACCUCGAGAAAAGCAAGACAGAGGGGCAUCAAGAUCACGCUGACCCAGAGAAAGUUAAACUCAAGGAGGAAAAACUCUUAGCGUUAGAGAAAAAGUACAAAGAACUUUCUGACUGGAUGAUCGCUAAGGGCGCGAAACCAUUCAAAGAGCUGCAGCCUGUGUUCUGGAAGAAGAAGAAGAAUGAGAACAACGGCAAUUGGUUCGACUAUGAUGAGUCUAGUGAUGGCGAAGGGUCCGAAACUUCUUCUAAAAAGAAAGCGCCAAAGCCGGAAAAGAAAUUUGAAAUUCAAUUCACUUUCACAGAUGCCCACAAAGACGAAAAACUCACGACCGCCUACCACGAACUUUUUAAAGCGGCUUGGGAUGGUAACGAGGAAAUGAUCAAAAAGUAUACAACUACUUCAUGGGACGAAGAAAAAACUCCGUUGUUGAUCACAAGCAAGAACCAAUUGGGCUAUAGCAUCUUCGCUAUUACAGCCUACAAGAAGCACCCUAAGGAGCUACUCGAUCUUAUUCUCAGCAUUGCAACCGCCCAAAAGCGCCCAGAGGAAGAGAACGAGAAGCAGUACAACCCUUACUACGAGAAUUCUGACGACGACUACGAAACUGAUGCCGAAUCGGAUGAUGAAAAUGCGGAGCUUCGCGUUGAGCAGUUCGACCUCACAGACGGGAAACUCACCAUUGACAAUGUUGCUAAGUUAGGCAAAGAAGUCAAGAGCAAUAUCUCGGCUCUCGAGAUGAUCAACUUUGACAUUCCAUUCAUCCUCGACGGCGAGGGUGUCGAUAAAUCAAAGGAAGAUAAAUCAACUCUACUUUACCAGGCCGUCAGAGUCGGUGAUACCGAACUUCUGCAAUACAUCACCUCAACCAUGGACAAGCUCGCACCUAAGGGUCGAAAGUUUGACGGAAGAAUUUUCUGCGCCACCAACACCAACAGCGACCAUGGCCGUGCAGCAGUUGAGUUUGAGCGCAUUGAAAUCCUUGAAACCCUUAUGGAAUGGGAUGGUAUUGGUGCACUCCUUGCUGAAAAGGUUGGUGAUGGAAAGGAAGGAGAGGAAGAGGAAGAAACCCCAGUUAAACCAAAACACUACCUCGGCCUGAGCAUCCAUGGAAAGAAGCGUACGGAUUGGGCCAAAGCCGCGAACCCCAACGACACGACUACAGUUACCAGAUCGUAUCGCCAACCGAUGGGUCUCUACGCCGCCUUUUACGGUUCACACAAGGUUUUCGAAUGGCUCCUAACUGACGGUCCAGAGCGCACCCUUCGCGCUUAUCAGAAGAAACUUGAGGGACUCAAGCACCCAGAGGAUAAUCAAUCUCUCAAGGCACUCCGUAAAGCUGACGAGGCAACUAUCAAGCGCUGGACUGGUGUUGAUCACCCACUCCUCCUCCACGCCAUUGUCCUAAACCAGACAGUCACAUUGGACAAAGAAAAGUCUGAUGAGGAGAAAGUUGCUUGGUACACGAACAACAUCAAAUAUUUCCUCGACCGUAACCCCAAGCUACUCGAAUCGAAGGAAAACGAAUACAAUGUGACUCCGCUCCUACUCGCCGGUUCUGCAACCAACAAACACGCCAUCCAAGCCCUCAUUAAUCUCGGCGCAGACAUCUACGCCAAACAAGGCGAAACAGGUUGCAACUUAGUACACACCAUCAUAAACAACUGCAAACCCUUCGAAAACAAUCCAGGUAAAUCCAGAUCGUGGGAGACCAUUGUUGGCUGUCUUGAGGUUCUUCCGGAAGAUUUCAAGGCUUGGGCAUUCACUCAACGUGCAUUGGGAGAUGACGUCGCCUACACACCUUUGGCAUACUACAUGGCCCGAAACCGUGAUUACUACGGUUCGGCGUCAACUCCAUGCGUCACGACUGUUGGGAUGAUAUUACAACACUCUAAGGGUGCGGACCUCAGUAUCCGAACUUCUUUAGGUGAUUUACCGAUUCACACUGCGACAAAGAGGUCAGAGGUAGAUGUUCUUAAGAAAAUUCUUGCUGCCGCAGUACCAGAAACCGUAGUCACUGAAAAUGCAAACGGUAUGACCAGUUUGGAGCUUGCAGAGGCCAAGCGAUAUCAGUACCUCAUCAAGGAUCUACCAAGCACGGAAUACUCUAGCUGGGGUAGUUGGAGCUACUCAGGAAUUUCGAAAAUGUCAACGAACAGGGACUCUAAGGAGGACAGCGAAUGGGAUUAUGAAAAUGCAGAUUCAAAUGAAAUCAAAAUUUGGAAGAUUUUGGACCAAGCAUCUAAGAAAGCUGUUACCGAUGGUGUUGCCCAGAGAGUUUUGGUUUCUUUGAAAGAGGCAAAUGAAACAGCAGAAAGGCUAGCAAAGAGGUCAACAAAGGAAAAGAUUCAACGAAGAAGAAGGUACUGGUAUUCAAGCCAGGGCAAGGACAUUGAUGAUAUAGUAGCGAGGUGGCAUUGGUUUUGA